AUGUUCUUUAAGCUCAUCCUUAUUUUGGUUCUGCUGCAAGUUGUAGCUGCGUGGGCACCCGUGGGCAGAGGAGAAGUUAUGGCUACGCUGCAAUCUUUGGGAAGCUAUGACCAGGCGAAAAACAAAGCUGCGAUGAAACCUCCGAAGGCAUCUAAAAAAGAGGCGCUUGCGACGAAAGCUACCAAAAUCAAUGGUGUUGCGGGGAAAUCUCUCAAGCACAAUAAAACCGAAAUUGUGGAGAAAAUUAAGACCCGACUUGCUGAUAUGGUGAAAUCCUCCGGAGAAAGUAUUUCUGCUUUGAUGAACAAGCCCCAUACCACUGGAGCUAUGCGUUAUAGACUAGCAAUGAAAGCGAAUAGUCAGAAACUUAGAGUUGUCCCUGAGUGUCGCAAUCAAUACUGCUGCGGAGAGUGCAGUGGAAACCAUACAUUACAUACUGGACCAUGGUACAAAUGCUACGGUGACUGCAACAAAAACCAUCCCGUAAAAAAUAAAGAUUAUCGACCUGCCGCGCAAGCGGCAUAA